CGGCGCAUUCAUUUUUCCCAAACAAGAAACAAAAGAACGAAACAGAGAGAACGAAAGUACCAAACAGCACUGAAGCCGCUUCAUAUUCUUCGUCCUCUCUCUGGAAAUAACUUGCCUUCCUUUUAUCCGUCCAUCUCCCUGUUCUAACCAAUACAUAGACGUGUACUCAUAUAUUUUGUAAAUGAAAACAUCCAUUGUUCAUUAAAUCUGUAUGGAACAGCUUGUGAACUUCAUUAUAAGACCGCCCAGAGCUGAAUAUGACCCGAAGAAUGAUCUACUAGAUGAAGAAUUCAUGCUCAAAGGGAAGUGGUUCCAACGGAAAGAUUUGGAGGUAAAAAACAGUCGGGGUGAUGCACUUAAAUGUAGCCAUUACAUGCCUAUCAUCUGUCCUGAAGAAAAGCCACUUCCAUGUGUAAUAUACUGUCAUGGAAACAGUGGCUGUAGAGCAGAUGCCAGUGAAGCUGCUAUUAUAUUAUUGCCAUCAAAUAUUACUGUAUUCACCCUCGACUUUUCUGGAUCUGGACUGUCUGGGGGAGAGCAUGUUACAUUGGGGUGGAAUGAAAGAAAUGACCUUAAAGCUGUUGUUGAAUAUUUACGGCAAGAUGGAAAUGUUUCUUUAAUUGGCUUGUGGGGUCGUUCAAUGGGUGCUGUUACAAGCCUUAUGUAUGGUGCUGAGGAUCCUUCUAUUGCCGGCAUGGUUUUGGAUAGCCCUUUUUCUGAUUUGGUUGAUUUGAUGAUGGAACUGGUGGACACUUACAAAAUACGGCUUCCCAAGUUCACAGUCAAGUUUGCCAUUCAGUACAUGAAGAGAGCUGUUCUUAAGAAGGCAAAGUUUGACAUAACAGAGUUGAACACUAUCAAGGUAGCAAAGACUUGCUUUGUGCCUGUCUUGAUCGGUCAUGCUUGUGAUGAUGAUUUUAUACGACCACAUCAUUCUGAUCGUAUAUUUGAAGCAUAUAUGGGGGACAAAAAUAUUAUCAAAUUUGAAGGCGAUCACAACUCUCCGCGUCCACAAUUCUAUUUUGAUUCUAUAAGUAUCUUUUUCAACAAUGUUUUACAGCCUCCUGAUGAUGAAUUAGGGGAUUUUUUUGGCAUGUCACACAAUUAUUUUGGAAAGAUUCAUCGGAAUAACAUCCAUGAAGUAGGAUCUCGUGUGGAUGUUCCAAUUACCACUGUAGGUGCAGCAGCGAGUAGCACCGAGGAUUGCAUUAAGCAACUUCGCUCCAAAAGGCCUAUGAGUAAGACAGAGGUACCGUCGAACAUCACUGCAAAUGAUAAACAAUAUGAAGACAAGGAAGCAGAAAGUGGAGCCAAUCUUCUUGCCCCUUCGUCUUCAAAUAUGAUCAGCUUUGAGCUCUCUAAUGGUGACACAUCUGAUCAGAACAUGCCUGCUUCAAUAGACGACGAUGAGUAUGUGGAAUACUCACUUAAUGAUUUGGUAGACUUUCCAAGCAGCAUGGAGGAAGAAGAAAGGAUGCUCAUGGAAGCUGUAUUAGAGUCACUUAAAGACAUAGAACUGACUACAACCGCUCAUGUUGACUCAAGCAACUGCCUACCAGAAACACUUCAUCAAAGUAUUUCAGACUCUUCUACUUCAAAACAAAGUGAGCCCAUGAAUGAGCCCCCGGAAGCUGUUCCUAAUAGACACUGUUUUGAAAAAGAAAAAGAAAGCAAUAAGACGUCUCCUCACAGUGACAAGUCAGUUGUGCAUGAGACGUCUCCUCACAGUGACAAGCCAGUUGUGCCCAUGAAUGAAUCCCCAACUGAUGUUGCUAAUGUGCACCUUCCAACAAAGGAAACUGAAAGCAGUAAGGCUUCUCCUUGUAGUGAUACUUCCCAGAGUGUGACUAGUGCUCCCUUGGUUGAUCACACUAACGCAACAGUGACUGUUGUUAAGAAUCAGUCUGGCAACAGCAGGGAGGGUUUGGUGAUGCGUUGUUGGGACCUUAGUUUCUUCAAGAGUAAGUGACGUCGAAUAACUUGAACGUAGCCAAGCGCUUUGUGGAGGCUCGUCAUAUUGUACAGUUCUGCCAUAUGAAAAUUAAUGUUAGCCCAGUUAUGAAAUUUCAGGAGCGUGUCAUAUUAUGGAGAACUUGAUUUGUAACUCCAUAAUAUAUAUGAUGGGGGGAUAGUAGGAUAUCCGAUAUGUUUUUCACUUGGUGCAUACUGCAUAGGUUAAUGGGGGGAGAGGGGUGAGGAACUCAUUGAAGGAUAUGCAUAUUCAUUAAUUGUCUCUAAAGUUUUAGACUGAUGGAAAUUUGUUUGUUUGAACAAUUAUCAAGUCCCAAGAUGACGUGCAAAGGAGACACGAGGACAUUACUUUUUCCAUUGUCGCUAUAACAAAAUGAUGUAUGCCUUUUCAAUUGUAACAAGUUGGCAGCGCAGCAUGUUUAUGGUUAAUAAAUUUGUCUAUUCAUCAGUCCAAA